AUGUCUGCUAUAGAGGCUGAAGAGACUCCCAUGAACAUGCUAAAAAAAGAAACAUCUACCCCAGACCACCUACGAGAGGGAGACAUGGGUAAAAAACAGCAAGGAAAAUGUCUCAGAAAGAGCCCCACCCAGCCUCGUGUUAAGCUUUACUGCUGCUAUGCAGUGAUCAUGGUCCUCAGCGUAACUGUAAUUGCACUUUCUUUUGCUUUGUCAGGAUUUAGAAUCUCUUCAGGAGAAAAGUGUUCUGGUCCAGUAAAGGAUAAAAAUGUUGAAGUGAAAAAGGAAAAUGCAGUCACUUCGCCCCCUGCACCAUGCUUUGCCACUUGUCCAAAUGACUGGAUUGGACUUGGAAGUAAAUGUUUUUAUUUUUCUGAAGUUGAGAGAAAUUGGACAUUAAGCCAGAACUACUGCAUGGCACAUGAGGCCCAACUAGCUGGAUUUGAAACUCUGGAGGAGUUGAAUUUCCUGAAGACAUAUGCAUGGAAAUUUCAGUACUGGAUUGGCUUGCACAGAGAAUCAUUACAACACCCUUGGAAGUGGACAAACAGCACUGAAUAUAAUAACUUGGAACCUGUCCUAGGAGAUGACAACUGGGCCAUACUGUCUAUGAAGGAGAUCUCCAGUAACAAGAGCUUCGUAGAAAAAUACUGUAUUUGUAGCAAACACAACAGCUACACAUAUUAGUAUUUAGUGCCCAGUAAUUUUUUAUCUAAGGUAGAGAAAUUGUCAAAGUAUUUGUGAAAAACCUGUUAUAUCUUACCCAUGGUUUAUGUUACAUUAUAUCAAAUCAAUUCAUAAUGUGUGAUGGCACCAGGGAUGAAAACUAUCUUAGAGGACUAUACUUUCAGAUACUUGGGAGAGAGACCGUAGAUGACUGUACAUUAAAUAGGUGUUCAGGUAUGAGUUGGUACUCAUAUUUUAAGCCUAAAGUACAAUGAAAUUUUUUGUGACCUCUACUUUUAUGGCCACUUAUGAACUUUUACUUCAUUACUUUCUCUUUGAAAUGCCUUGAAUAUUAAAAAAAUGAACAGAAAGUGAAAUUCUGGAAAUAAUUUAAUAACCACAGGAAAGAUGUUUGUUGUCUCAGUCUCCAAAUGUUUUUAGAAACAGUUAACUUUUUUAUUUUUUACAAAAUUUAAUGACAAACAUGAAUGGAGAUCUAGACAUGAUUAAAACUAAUAUCAUACACACUGUAAUUUUAUUCACUAGAAAUCUUGUCAAAAUAUUUUUGGAGUUUGCUUCUCAGUUUACAAUUUUUAAUUACAGUGGACUAAGAACUAUUACAAGGAAUGCCAUUUUACUCUCUUAAUUUAAUUUUUGAGAAUUGCAUACAUAUGCAAGCCAUUUUAAUUCAUUCCUUGUUUCAUAAGGAGCCUUCUUAUACAUUUGAUGCAUAGACUUAUAAUAUUUACAUACUUUUGAGUUUUAAGAACAAAAUACUUAUGUUAUUGUUUGAUCAUUCAUAGCACUGCACUAACAAGUCCCCAGAAGAAAAAAAUUACAGGUUACAAAUAUCCAUUUUGUUUACACUGUCUUUUUACUGUAUUGAUAUAUAAAUUAAACCUACUUUCACAUGACUGUCAAGCAUUCACUAUUAAUCUGUACCACCACCCCCUUCUAUAAUACUUAUUUUGUAACUUGGUUUCUCUGUAAUUCCCAGAUGACUGGAAUUAUAGUUAUAUAUCACCAUACAGGCUAUACCAUUGCUAAUUAUUUUUUAAAUGUAUCAUUUCCCCAUAUAAGCUUUUUGUUUGUUUUAAAAUUUAUUUAUUUAUGUA